AUGGCGAUACCAAAUAUUCGACUCGGUUCGGAAGCCCAAGUCCCUGUGCUCGCGUACGGCACUGGGACGACGUGGAUCAAACAGGAUGGGGACAGUCUAGACCGGAAGACGAUUGAUGGUAUCAAAGAGGCGAUAGAACUCGGCUACCGCCAUCUUGAUGGAGCACAAUACUACGGCACUGAGGCAGAAUUGGGGCAGGCCAUCCGCGAGUCGGGUGUCCCUCGCUCCGAUUUCUUCAUAACAACAAAGGCCGUCUCACACGUCGACGUCGAGGGGUCGCUACGAGAGAGCUGUCGAAAGUUGCAAACGGAUCAUGUCGACCUAUAUCUCAUACAUGAACCAUUCUCUGCAACGGACGAGCAAGAUCUCCAGCAGACGUGGGCGGACAUGGAGAUCUGUCUUGACAAGGGGCUCGCUCGCCACAUUGGCGUCUCCAACUUUCUCCCGACACACCUGGAUUCUCUAGUCAAGACAGCCCGGGUGAAGCCGGCCGUCAACCAAAUCGAGCUGCACCCGUACCUCCAGCGGCAGAAAGUCAUCCAAUACUGCAGGGAGAACGGCAUCGUCUUGCAAGGGUUCGCCCCCCUCACUCCCUUCAAGGUCCGGGCCGGUCCGGUUGACGAGAUCUGCUCCAAGCUGGCUGAACGACAUGGCGUCAGUGAGUCCUCGAUUCUCCUGCGAUGGGUUGUGGACCAAGGAAUCAUUGUCAUCACAACCAGCGGCCAGAAGACGCGCUUGCAACAAUAUUUGCGCGAGUUGCCUAACUUUGUGCUCUCCCAGGAGGAAGUGCAGGAGAUAGCGGCAGCUGGCAAAGCCAAGAGCGUCAGGCAAUUUUUUGCUGAUGGGUUUGGACCCGACAACUUUGAUUGA